AACCCCUGUGUUUUAGCCCAAAUGCGCGAAGCACCGCCAACUCGGCACAACCGACGCGCUGUUUUAAGCGAAUGACGUGUUAUUUCAGUGAAGGCGGGAGGAUGAGAAGCAGAAGUUUUGGUACAAGUGUUGCUAGCAUUGUUUCCUCAAACGGGUAAACAGCUGAAGCCAUAGUGGUGUUUAUCGAUAGGUUUUUCUCGGCAACAACGGCGCUGGUAAACAUCAUCUCAGUAGUAUUUCCUAAAUAACCCUGACUGGGUAAACUGCCAGUUCCGCCUUUGAAGAUUACACGGGGACCAGUCUGUCUAAGUCGCUAAGCUAAACGCUGCUAACGUCAAAUUCUGGUCAAUUAACCCCCCUUAGCUUAGCUGACGGACUGAGGGGGAUGGCCACAAGAAAACCCAAGGAAAAUGAUGCCAGCCUUCCUUUUGCUGCCCUUCAGCUCCUGGCCCCGCCUGUGCGCCUGGUCUCAGCAGCAAUCUGGAAGGUGAUGAAGCAGAGGGACGUGAUGCAGUAUGGGGUCGUGGAGGAAUUUGUGACAUCGGCCUGCGAGACUGUCCCCGGGCUGCUCACCGUGAGGCACCAGGGCAAGCUGGUACUGGGGCUGAGAGGACGGUUAAUCUUGGAGCUGUGCUGUAAACAGCCAGAUGAAAAGGUGAUUAAGCCACAUCUGGAACGGCUCCGUGUUCCGACUGCCCUGUCAUCCCCCUCCGCUCCAACAGUGAAGAGGGACGUAAAAAUUCUGAAAACAGUGGAAAGUUUACAUUCAUUGGUUCACACACUGCUGACAGAUCCAGCAGAGAGAGACUACUUCUUCAAGGAGGAGUUUCCUGUGGAUUACGGUCCAACAUUCGAUAAGGAACUGGAGAAGCUUCUAUGGGAGUUUUUGAUCCGACUGGACCAGCUUCUUCCAGUUCCCAGCCUCGCUCAGACUGUGUCGUGGCUCAGCAGUACCCCCGCUGUCCUGGAGGAGUGUGCACAUGCAGCCACCCAGCCGCAGCUCCUGAAGACACUGCUGGAUCAUCAAACCUGUCUGGGUCAUCUGGAGGCUGCAGCAUCCCUUCCUCCAAACCUGGGAGACUCCAUCCUGGCUUCACUCUCUCUGCCACCGUCUGGAAGAGUACGUUCUAAUCAGUCAACGGGUACCAAAAAUCCUGCUGGUGACCAGUCCAGUAGCACACAGGCAAAAGAACAAACCCCAUUUGUUACACCUGUAAUUGGACUAAUAUCUAAUGAGGAGGUACCGUUUAUGAUCUCUGCCAAAAAAAGGACACAGAGAGGUGAGGAUGCAUCAAAAGAAAACUCUAAAUUCACUCUGGUUAAACCAAGACAACCCACCAAAGAUGUUGGAGUGAAAGACGACGGGGAACAAGUAGAAGAGGAGGGGAAAGCUUCCAAAAGAAGCAGCGGAAUGAAACGCAAGCAAGCUGACGGAAGUGAAUCCGAUGAGGAGGAAGAAGUUUUAGGUAUUGUAAGAUCUGCUCGUAAGAGGACAAGUCAGGGUUUUAGAAGUGGCGCAAGCAGACUAACGCGGGGGCGAGAUCACCAGGGGAGGAAUGAGGACAAAGAUGUUGUAGCAAAAUCAACAAGAAACGACAUGUGUAACAGAGCAGUCCUGGAAAGCUGUAUGACCCAGCUAGGUGUCAAAGCACUGCACCUGCCUGAGGACCCGUCCCUCUGCUCCAUUUUUCUGUCUUGUCUGAGCAGCCAACCCAAAGUUGUUCUUCAAAGACUGGCAGUGACUGCUGCUAGCGCCAACAGGACCGGCAGUGGAGGAAAAUCUUUUUAUGUGAAACAGCAGAAACAGAGGAGGAGGUCUCCGGUCAAAGCUCCAAGCAAGAGCAACCAGCCACAAAAGCCUGACCUGGAUUAUACUGGCCUAGACGACAAAGAAAAUCAUCCUGUGUCACCGAGCAUAAGCAGCUCUCCCGCUCACCAACGGAGUAACGCAGAGACGGCGGCCCUUCCAGGAGAGAGUGAAGACUAUGUAGCUGACUCAGAGGAUGAGGCGACAAAGAACUUCAAAGGCAGGCUGUUCAUGAAGCGCUAUUACAAGACCAAACACGGCACUUACGUUCCCACUCUGAGGGAGUACUUCAAACCUGGGAUGGCUCGGCGGGACCUGUCGGCUGCCGGCAUCAAACGCAGAUGAUGGGAUGGACUUUUCGACGCGUAGUUUGGCGUCCAGAAAAUAUGCCAGAGGACUCUGACUGGAGUUACGUUGGUUUUCGCCACCAACAAGGAUUAUGGGGCGUUCAGAUGAGUUCAACUUGGGUGGUCAUCAUGGAAAACAAGCCUUGAAAUGCAUUGUCACCGAUUAUGAGCACUGGCAUGCAACUAAAAUGCUAUUUACUUUAGUUACUUUAUAGAUUGUUUGUAAAUAGUCAUGUAUUUUCUAUUCUAAAUAUUUUAAGGCCACAAUAUAUAAUAUGCUGAGUUAAUAAAGUUGUUUUGAUGUGGCAGUCAUGUUGUGUAUGAAAAUGUGCAUUCUGUUCUUCUUUUAUUCACCAUGUAAAAGUGUCAUUUAACUUGAAAUGUCAAAGAGAUUAAAGCGCUUGAACUGCUCCUGGUG